GAAACAGCAGUCGUAAGCUGGUUUGAAUGAGCGGCGCGGGGAGCGCGUGGUGGAGUGGAAAGCUUGUGCAGACUGUCUCGUGUCCAGGACGCGCGCCCUCACUCCACGCGCAGAGCACAAUGCCGGAGCCCAAGUUUUCAUCCACGCAAUGAAUCCCGCAAACGAGAGCAGAGUCGGGAGAAGUGUGGACUCGGAUCAUCACCUUUUUGCAGCUGGAACCUACAAACUUCUGGCUCUGACCAUCGGCACCAUCGGAGUGUUCGGCUUCUGUAACAACGUGGUGGUCAUCAUCCUGUACUGUAAAUUCAAGCGGCUCCGCACACCCACAAACCUGCUGCUGGUCAAUAUCAGUGUGAGCGACCUGCUCGUUUCUGUCAUCGGAAUAAACUUUACCUUUGCUGCGUGCGUCCAAGGCGGAUGGAAGUGGAGCCCGGCGACAUGCGUGUGGGACGGCUUCAGCAACAGCCUGUUCGGCAUUGUUUCCAUCAUGACUCUGGCGGCCCUGGCCUAUGAGCGCUACAUCCGGGUGGUCCAUGCGCAGGUGGUGGACUUCCCCUGGGCGUGGCGGGCCAUGGCCCACAUCUGGCUGUACUCCCUGGCCUGGACGGGGGCUCCGCUGCUGGGGUGGAACCGCUACAAGCUGGAGAUCCAUCGGCUGGGCUGCUCGCUGGACUGGGCAUCUAAAGACCCAAAUGAUGCCUCCUUCAUCCUCCUCUUCCUCCUGGCCUGCUUCUUUGUGCCUGUGGGAAUCAUGAUCUACUGCUAUGGGAACAUCCUCUACACUGUGCAAAUGCUGCGUUCCAUUCAGGACCUGCAGACGGUCCAGAUCAUCAAGAUCCUGCGGUACGAGAAGAAGAUAGCUGUCAUGUUUUUCCUGAUGAUCUCCUGCUUUCUGGUGUGCUGGACGCCCUAUGCUGUCGUCUCCAUGAUGGAGGCCUUCGGCAGGAAGAGCAUGGUCUCUCCCACCCUGGCCAUCAUCCCCUCUUUCUUUGCCAAGUCCAGCACGUUCUACAACCCGCUCAUCUACGUGUUCAUGAGCAGAAAGUUCCGCCGCUGCUUGUCACAGCUGCUCUGCUCGCGGUUCUCUUGGUUGCAGCGCAGCCUCAAAGAGCGCCCCCUAGCUCCUGUCGAGCGUCCCAUCCGACCCAUCGUGGUGUCGAGGCAGUACGGCAGCAGGGACCGACCCAAAAAGAGGGUGACUUUCAGCUCCUCCUCCAUCGUCUUCAUCAUCACCAGCCAUGACUUCGAUCAGAUGGAUGUAACCUCCAAGGCUGCAGAGUCCAGCAAGGUUAAUGUCAUCCAAGUGAGGCCGUUGUGAUCCACAAAGACUGGACCGCCCACCCAAACCUCCACCACUCUGUUUGCCUUAGGACCUUACAUACAGUUCCAAGCCAAAAUGACCUUACGUGACCUCUCUGGACAUUUCUGCGUCUACACAUGUGUAGGUGAUUGUUAAGAUGCAUUCAGACAAAAAGCAAAGAGAAUUUUUGAAGCAUGAAAUGACGUACACAGUUGUUCAUGCUAACAAUAUUUGGGCUAACAGAAGUAGCAUUGAGAGCGCUGUAAUUUUAACUUAAGAAACUAUCUUUUUUUUAGUCCAUUUGGUAGCAUCUCGAAGGUCUGCACAGCUAUAGUUGUGUCUGGUCAAAAGUCGGUGGGCUUAACAAAUGAAGCACAAAUGAUCAUCAAUCCAAGCGGUCGUUCCAUGACACCAGUCACUCAUUUCCACCACAGGAGUGAAUGGGAGAGGAUGCUACAGUGUUUAGGCGGUAAAUUAUUAGUGAUAUUGUGUGUGCUUUUUGUUAAAAUAGCAGAGGAGUUACCAACACAGAAAUUCACCUGUGCUAAAAAGCCACAAAAAGGUGAAUAAAAAUAGAAUCUUCAGUUUCAGUUCUAGACUAUAAUCCCUGCUGCAAGGACUGAGACGUUUGAUCAUGUUUUUAUUCUCCUUUUUGCCUGUACAUCACAUGGAAAGACUGAAAAUCUUCAGUGUUUCAGCACCUUCAAUUAGACCAGUCUAAUUGAAAUGUUAUUAUCAGUCAUAAUGACUGCGAUAAGUUAUGACAACCAACUAACUAUUACUGUUUUGACGACUUGUGUCUUAAUUAAAGAGGCUAUUUUGCAUUUAUCUCAGUCUGUGGACUUUUUGUGGAUUUUUAACCCAGUCAAAAUUGUUGUGCAGGUAUCUCCUCUGCCAUUUUUUCUUCGAAAUUUCCUCCAGUACCGAAUCACAGUCAUGUUUUUGAUGCUGUUAGUAGGCACAGUUUCACAGCACCUCUGAGUAUUUAAUUAUUUUUAUUUAACAUUAGGUGUGGUUAAACUUUAAAACCACCUGUUGUAAGUUAUUUGAAUAUAUUGUUUUCUUCUGUAUUGUAUAAGAAAGGGAGGGCUUAGCCCUGCUGGCCUGUUUAUAUCAUCCGUACCUGAUAAUGAUGUUGAUUCAGCAUCCCCUCUGUCUGAUAAUUGCUAAGAAAACACAACAUCUGUUUCCUUUGGGUUCAUAAUGCCCUGUUAGAGGGAUUUUAGCGGUCAUGUGACUUGCUUCAUACAAUGAACUGCCUGAAUUUAAAUGGACAGGUGUUCUCCAGCCUUUUAUGAUAAAUUGACUUGGACUUGUAUAGCACUUUUCUUGUCUUCUGACUACUCAAAGCACUUCACACAACACUUAAAAUUCACCCACUGAUGGAGGAGGCUGCUACGUAAAGUGACCAACCGGCCAACAAUAUUACUCCAUUCACACACCGCUGCAGCGGGAACAAUUCGAGGUUCAGUGUCUUUACCCAGCUCUUGAAGUCUGAAUAUGGAUCACUCUGGCGGUCUACGGAGGAUUUUCCUUUUGGUCCCUAAGAGCCGCUCCUGUCGCCUAGCAACCACAAAAGCUGCACCAGAACUAGCUAACAUAACUGACUAAUCUAUCAAUUUAAAUAUAAUUUAAAGUUUCACGGCCUUGUCUGUUUUUAUCAUUUGUUUUGCUUGAUUUUUGACUAAACUUAAAUAAUUAAUUGACAUAUAAAAGUGUAAUAUUCUGCCGUUUGAUGGUCUGACUUUUAAAAAAAAAAACAUUUAAUUGGCAUGGAAGGCGUCUCUGGAUGUUUUGGUUCACAAGGAUUGCACAGGAUGCAUCCUCGUGGCCCCAGCAGAAGUAGGAGUUGAAAUGUGCAGCCUCUUUGACACAACCGGUCUUCAAAUGCACCCUUACCAAGGAUGCAGCCGCUGCUUUGAGACGCAGCUACAGUUACUGGAAAUGGCCAUAAGAAUUUAGCGAGCUGUGUGCAGAAUAUUAUGAAACCAGUCAUGACUCUUUUCAGUUAUCCAACACAUUUAAAAGGUUAUUGUUGGUUGUUUUUAAAUCGAGGCAAAUAAAUAUAAUUUAACCCUCAAGCAAGUAGAAAGAAAAUUUACUUCGCUUUGGUCUGAUCGCAGCUUCAGCACCAACAGUCAAUAAUCGACUGUCAACCCAGGAUCUCCACUAAACCUUUUUCCUGACAGUGUUUUAUGUAAGCAGGUAGUAUGAGGGUGACAUACCUUCCAACAUCAGCUGUGGUGAUACAAGUAUAUGAUGCUGUGGUAACAACUCAUAUGUUUCUCUUAGAAAAAGGAUCACACUUAUGUGUUAUUAUACCACACAGGACAUCUGCACAGCUGCGUCUUUAGAGGCCAGCUGUGAUAUGGAUCAGACGAUUUUGGUUGGUACCCAACUAUAAAAUAAAGCCUUAGCUCCUUAGCCAUACACCAUGAUACACAAACUGACCUGAUCAUGUAUGGAUUCAAUAAAGAGAAGCUAUUUUAA